GAAGUUUCUCAUUCACGACGCAGGUCGGAGUCUGGCAGACUUGUUCGGUAGCCUUCACGGUGCGGACGCGUGUGCAUUUACUCCGUCGUCAUUUUGUUGGCCAGUCCCAGUCAGUCAGUAGUUCUGCCUCCAGCCAAAAAGUUUAGUCACCAUUGGUAGUGCUCUCGUUCGGUUAGUUUGUGUUCGUUUAGUGUUCGUGUGGAGCUGCUCUUGAGGAGUGCAUUUCUAGGGCACCUCGGCUCGGCCAUCACUUGCUCGCUUGCUUCGAUCACUGGCAUUGCCUUCGCGAUUGUGUUGCUAAAGCUGAAGCAGCUGCAGCCUACUUCUCCAUCGCCGCAUACGAAUCCGAUGUUGUAAAAGUACGACGCGAAAACGCAGUGAAGAAAGAAGAGUGUGGCUGACUUGGAUUGGAAGAGAGCUCUCAUUUCGAAGGACUUUUCCUUCUACCCGCGUCGGUGUCGAAGUCGUCGCAGUUGGCGGUGGCGGGGCCCGUAAAAUAGUGUCGCGCGCAUUCGGCGUCGUUGACCUAGAAAAAUUAGGACACGCUCUUGGUCGCGUCGGGUCGAAUAGCUUUGGGGCAGAAGCAGAAGCACAGCAGCAAGAAGGUGCGUGACCAAGAAGGUUUUUUUUUUUGUCUUGUGCUCACUCGGGAAGAAGUUCUGCAUCUUUUUGCCCGCGGCUCCUCCGUUUUCGAUGUGUCUUCGCAAAUUGGGCUCAAGUGAUGGUGACCGAAUUUCGUGAUCGUUUCCACAGCAACGACGACGAAACGAAGACUGCCCCGCGAGCAGUGUGGAACAGAGCAUAAAAAGUAGGCCCUGACUGCUUCUGCUACAUAUUUAGGUGGACCGAAAAAACGUACAACAGAAUCGGGUUCCUUAGUGGCUGUUUAGUGCCCCAUUGCAUUGUUUGGUCUAGUAGGCCUUCGCUGGGGGCGAGAGUGUGUUUCUCGUUGCUAGUGGCAGCAGCAGCAGCAACCGUCAGCCAGCAUCAGUCAUCACGGCCAACUGUGCCACCACGCGACCCAAUCAACGAAAAAGAGGACAAGGAAGUAGACGAAAAUGGAAUCAACCACAGGUGGAAACAAAGGUCGCAGCGUAGAGACGAUCAGGGUGGAACCGGACUUUUACUUUCCGGCAGCGGAGAUGGUCAUCGACGACGACUUCGAUGACGACGAUGAUCCGGAAGGAGGACAAUUGGAGAUGCACCAGAUCGACCUGUACGAUAGUCCGGCGAGCACAAAGUUAGUGAAUGAAACGAAGAAGUAUGAAGUGAUGAGUGAUGUCGAAGACGAUGAGGAUCAGUUUGACGACGGGGACGAAGACGAUAGCAAUAGUAAUAGUGGUGGUGGUGGACAGGGCAAACGAUACGAGUGUAAACUGUGUGGGAAAAACUUCGUUAGUCCGGGACAUCUCGCCAGACAUGGAAGGAUUCACACGGGAGAGAAACCCUUCCAGUGCACUCUUUGCGACAAGGCCUUCACUGAAGCGUCCAGCCUGAAGGUUCAUCUUAGAACCCACACGGGCGAGAAGCCGUACCGGUGCGAACUGUGCAGCUGGAGCUUCGCCCAGUCCUGCAAUCUUCAGUCGCACUACCGCCGCAGUCAUGGAGUCGACCCCAAAGUCACCCCACGUCUGUUCGACCAAAUGCGACAACAGGCAGCGGCUUCUGCUGCUGCUGCAGCUGCCUCCGCUUCCGCUUCCAAUGCCCCCGCUAGUUCUUCAACGCCGUCACAGUGGCCAUCGCAGUCCGGUGCCGUGCGGGCCAUGCCAAAGCUGAUCCCCAAACCGACCGGCCAGCCAUUCCAGUGUUGCGUUUGCGAGGAGCCAUUCUUCGAUCGGGACCUGCUCCUUAUCCACGAGGAAACCCACGUUCCGGAGGCUCCCUUUGAGUGUCGCUACUGCAACACCAUGUUUGGGGCUCUUCCCCACUUCAGAUCUCACGUCAAUGUUCACAAGGCCAACUUGCGGACUCAUCCACCGCAGGCUCUCCAUCCGAUCCGCCAAUCGACGGCAGGGAUCCGCGUGUUUGCCAAUGGACCGGUGGCGCGUAAGCUUGAUCCCUUACCGGACGCAGGCGGAUCGAAUGCCGUCCUGAACUCGAAUCAACCCUUUGUCCCAAGUGGGGACGAGCAGCGUCCCUACAAGUGCGUGGAAUGCAAAGCGAACUUUGAGAAGCAUGAGCUUUACUUCCACAUGCGAGCUCAUCUCAAGCAGAAGAACAUCUUCUCGAAGAAAAGCCUUAAAUGUGAGAAGUGUGAGAAGGUCUUCGAGAAGGAACUCACCCUGAAGAAGCACAUGGACAUGGUUCACCCGGUCGUCUCGAGUGUUUCCUCCGGCGAUGGGUCGUUCCUCCUGGAAGCGCUGAAAACCGAUGCCCGAUCCCUAUCCCCCGCGGCCACAAAGUCCGGCAAGGUGCAGAUCUCGUCGGAAGUGGAAGUGCCAGAAAGCGAUGACGUCAUCGAGAUCAAGCAGGAACCUGAAAGUGCCCUCGGCGAUGACCAAGUCAACUCGACGGUGUCCGAUAAUCCCAUUUUAACGCAGCUGCUCAACACGAACAGCGACCUGCAGCAGCCAAGCCAACAGCAUUCCCCGUGCAACGGCACUCCGGACAACGCUCCCGCGGACAAUGACCAUUCCAAUGAGGGUGGCUUCGUGAUCAGCGCAGUGGCCACGGUGGAUCAUAAUUUCUUGGAACGAUUGGAGCGAAUGGAACAGCAGCAGAAGAAACAGCAAGAGCAAAUGGAGCUGGACUCGCAGCCGGUGUCCUCCGCUCGACGGAUGCCGGUUCUGGAGGAGAGCCUUCGCCGCCCUCCGAUCAGCUCGAACAGAUCGUCUGCGGUCAACCUGCCGCCGAUCAUCCCCUCCGGUCCGUUCCGCUGUUCGUUCUGCCUGAAAGAGUUCAACGAGCACUUCGGCCUGCGACAGCAUAUACGUGCCAUGCACUACUCGGAAAAGCGCCACAAGUGCAAGGAGUGCAACAAAAAGUUCUCCCUAGGCAUCAGUUUGGCCAUUCACCGUCGCGUCCACACGUCGAUCCGCCCUUUCACCUGCAUUGUAUGCUACAAGACAUUCACCCGCUCGACGGCCCUCAAUGGACAUCUGUCCUCACAUUCCUACGUUCGCGUCAAGUGUGCCGAAUGCGGAGAAGUGCAGCUCAGCGUGUAUAACUACAUGAAGCACAUCGAAAAAUUCCACCCGGAUUUCAUGCAGAAUGUGGCCGCCUAUCGGACCCAAGCGGAAACUCUGAUGCAACGUCGCCGGCAGAUAAUCCUGGAGAUUACGGAAGGUCUGGCAAAACACCGUUCGGAAAUUCCCAACGUCCUUGCCAGACUUCGCGGAGAGAUCGGUCCAGAUUCCAGAAGCGCUGGACCGCGCAAAGAUAACGACGAAGACGAAGUAAGUUCCAGCGAGCAUGUUCAAACGUUCAAACGAGGCAGACCCGACUCCAGCCAGUCGGAGGAGGUCAGUUCCGCAUCGGAAGAGCAGGAAGCUCGCCGGUCAACGAUGAAACGCGAAUCGCUCCCGGCGUUACGUGCCGAAUUACGUAAACGACCCCUCCGAAGCAACACUGCUCCAGACGAGCUGGAUGAGUCGGUUCUGCCUCCGUUUAGAAAGUACGCCCGCACGACCACGGGCAGUUCUUCGCCCAAUCUGAAGCGCCUGCUGGAACAGAACAGUCCCAGUCCGCUCGCUUCGGCGGAGAACAGUCGCGAAGCUACCGAACAAGGGAUACCACCAGCAGUGACCGUUAAAGAUGAACCAUCCAAUUAGAAGUGGUUUUAUGUUAAUUGGAUUUCCUGGUAAUCAUAAGCCGUAUAUCGGGCUCAAUCCCUAUGGCUUAUAUAGUGCUAUUGGCAUUAUAUCAGCCAUUAAUCAACACUUUGGCCCAACAUGCGGAUUAUUGGUUACCUGGGUUUGAUUUCGCCACCAUAUGCUUGUCUUCAAUGGAACAAAAAAUGUUUGAUUCGUAUGCUUGAAAGCUGUACAUAUUUUGCUUAGUUUAGCCAGUAUAGACCCGAAUAGACACCUAGUACGCGGAAAGAUAUUUCAUCUAAUCAUUGACCUCAAUUUUCGUUUAGCGUAAAAAAUGAUGCACUUAAAAACUCAAUGUAGAAUUAUAAAAAAGUGAAGGAAAAUGUCGAAAAAAUA